CAAACCUAAAGUCAAUAAUUUGACAACUUGGCUGCGUUUCAUGAAUCAUAUUUUUUUAUACAUAAACAUCAUAAAAAUAAUUAUAAAUGUUGAAGUAUAAGUCUAAUUACUAACGAUAAUAAACAGCUGCUUUACAGCAGCUAGUUGAUAGUGAUUAUUGUACAUAUAGUGUUAAAUAGUUAGCAGAAUGACUGUAGCGGAGUUUUUUAGUUGUUCCCUGCUAGCCUUUGGGGCUCCACUGGCCAUGUUCGCUAUGACGGUAGCGAACGAUCCGGUGCGCAUCAUCAUCAUGAUCGCAGCAGCGUUUGGAUGGUUGUUGUCGUUUUUGUUGUCUUCGCUGGUGUGGUACGCAGUGGUACCUCUCAGAUCUUACCUAGCGUUUGGGAUGGUGUUUGCUAUAAUACUACAGGAAUUAUUCCGCUACUUCAUGUACCUGCUGCUCAGGAAGACGGAGGCAGGAUUAAAGGAAAUAUCUGAGAACCACGAGAUUGGCAGCAACAAGCUGGAGAUGGCUUACGUGUCUGGUCUGGGCUUUGGUACAAUGAGUGGUGCCUUUGCCCUUGUCAAUGUGUUGGCUGACUCGAUAGGACCAGGCACGCUAGGCCUGCGUGGCGGCACAGAGUACUUCUUCGUGACCAGUGCGGCGAUGACGCUCUGCAUGAUACUCCUAAACACUUUCUGGAGUGUAAUAUUCUUCAGUGGAUUCGAUGACAGAAAUUACAAGAAGGUUGCAUGGGUUGUUCUAUCACAUUUCUUUGUAUCAUCACUAAGCCUGUUGAACAGAAAGGAACUGUAUGUGGCAACUAUACUACCCUCCUACAUUGUGCUAGCAAUCACAGCAUACAUAGCCUUCAGAUCGGCCGGUGGGACUAGUAAAAGCCUUCUACAAAGUUUUACACAUAGAUCAUAGGCCGGGUAAGAUUGUUAAAAGUUGUUACCCUAUAGAAAGUGUGUUAAAAGUAUUCUUUGUUGCAGAAUGCCACUGUGUUUGUUCUAAUUAUCAAAAAUAUGAACCACAUGAUUUUAUGUGAAUGAAAAAUAUAUAUAUUAUUUUUUUGAUUUAAAACAUGCCGCUAGAUAUAGAUGAACCUUUAUACCCUAGUAUAUUAUAAAAAAAUUAUCACACAGCUACAGCUUUAUGCUAAAUAGAUAGAAACAGUAAAAAGUCCACUUGAAGGGUUUGAAUCAUUAGGAAGAUUAGUGGAAUGCCCCCGUCGCAGUUACCUGCAGACCACAAGUAUCUUUGGUCAAUAGAGUACACAUCAUUUAAUGGAGCAGCAAGAAUGAUGAAUUUUCAGUUCUAAUCUCCAGAUUGGGUAGUCAAAAUUAAUUAUAAUUUUUUUCUAAAUUAGAUAUAAGAAUUGUUUGGAAUUAUUAUGUCCUUGAUGUAGGAAUUUUAAUACUUUCCUUUUGUCAUAUAGGUCGAUAAUACUUGGAGAUAAUUGGAUUUCACUAAUGGUAAUUCUUUGAGGUACACAUGUGUGGUGUGUGAUGUAAUGUAUCACACAGUAGGUUUCUGUUAUAUAAAAUUGCCAAAUGUUGACAUUGUUUAUCGAAUUUUAUGAUAACACCAUAUUAAUUGUAGUCCAGUGCCUUUCCGUGCCUGAUGCAAAACAAUUUAUAAGGGCUUUGCCACACUGUGUGUGAACUAUCGUUGCAUAUCUUGUAAACUACAAAAUAUUAAGCAAAUAUUAAGCUAGGUACAUAAUUUCACAAAAGUUGCAUCAUCUAGACUAAGUUUGAUGCAUAAUAUAAAUACAAAACGAAAUACAGUUGACGACUGUUCCCACGUAGUGUGGCAAGCUCCUUAGUCCUCCAUGUCGAGUUUAACUUAGUUAUGUAUUAUUCAGAAAUAUUUUUGCCUAUUAUUUAAAAUUUGCUUGACUGAUUUUAAUUAUUUAGAGUUAGCUUCUCUAUUUAACAGAAGGACUUUGAUUUGCUCUUUCUAAAUAUAAUUUACUCUAAGAUUAUCGAAAACUGAUCCUUUUUUAUUUUAUUAAUAAUUUACCAGACAACUGUGUACUAUUUCGAGGAUUUUAUUUGUUGCUAUUAUUAAUUUUUCUAACACUUCCUGAGAUUUCACUAUUUCAUCCUCAUAAAGGUAAAGGUUGGUGCAUUUAAGCUUGCAGCACAUCGCUUCUAAAUUGAUUAUUGAAAAAUGGACUUUACUUAAGCAAAAUACUGAUUCUAUGAACUGAAUGUUAUUUUCUCAAUAUAAUGUGAAUGUGUAACCAGAUCUUAUCUCGAAGAGUGUGCCAGAUACGAUUUUUAUUAUAUCUUUGCAGUAAGUGUGCGCCAACCUUUAAAUAUUAUAUCGAAUGGUACAAUAAAACAAGAAACAUUUAUUAGUUUAAUUAUUUAUUUAAUUUAUACAUAGCUAUUGAGACAUUCCUUAUACUAUGAAAUAUCGGACGGAUUACAUUGUUACAAAUAAAUAAUAACAAAAAGUGAAGAACCAAUCAGUUACAGAUAUAAAUAAUGUUUUUUUACAAAUAAAAUUUUUAAAAUUG